AUGGAAAGAUCUUUUGCUCAACAACUAUUAGAGCAAUUAUCAGAAAAUAUCAGUCAAUUUAUUUUGACCGUAUUAACAACUAAAGAAAAAAAUGAAAGUGCUCCAGUAGUUGAAGUUACAGCAAUUGCAAAUGCAGCAUCAUCACUAUCUGACGUUGCUGUGCAAUUGGCAAACGAUGAAUAUUCAAAAUUUACAAAUAUCUAUAAUGAAAUUAUUGAAACUACAUCCAGAAUGUCAAAAAUUAAAAAACAAACAUUAUAUGCUGUAACAAAUUUUGAUAAUAAUAAUAAAAAUGCAUCAUGGAAUGCUUUAAUCGAAUCAUGCAAAUGUAUUGCUACAGAAACUUAUACAAUUUUACAAGUAAUUUAUGAUGCUGAUAUCAAAAGACUAAAGCAUUUAAAUGAUUUAUCAAAGGAACAAAUGAAAACUAAUUUAAAUUCAUUCCACUUGGUCGAUAAUUCAGAGUUUAAUAAAUUUGGUGAUAUAAUUAAUGAAUCAAUAAGUAGCCUAUUAGAAUAUUCAUCAUAUGUUAAUGUUAAGGCCAAGGAAAUUAGAGAUAUUGCUCCAUUGGUUUCAGAUGAGUUAAUUCAAGAUGCUGAUAGAAUUGAGGUUGAGGGUAAUAGACUUAUCGAUAUCGUUAAUGAUAUGUUUGCUGAUAUUGACGAUCCAUCACAAAAACAAUUAUUUAUUCAACAACAAGAUUCAUUAAAUAGCUUACUUGAUAAAACCUACUCAACCAUCGAAUUAAAUUCACCAUCACUUUCACUAAAUAUAAACUAUUUAGCUCCUCUAGCCUCUUCAACUACAGGAGCAGUAGAUCAAGAUUCAACAACAGAUCCAAAUAUAAAUGAUAAUGAAACAUCAAUACUUGACGAUUUAAUUAGAGGAGUUUCAAAAUCAUCUGUUGAACUAUUAAGGGCAGUUUGUAGAGUCGAUCCAGUAGCAAAUGAAAUCAUCUCAAACUCUGUUGAAAAAAUAACAUUAAUGUUGGAUGAAAAUGUAAAUAAAUGGGCACAAGAACAAACCCAAGGUGGUUCUAAAGAUGAACGUCAAGAAGAAGCUAAACAAAUAUCAAAAAUGAUUAUGAACGAACUAGUUCCAGGACUUUUACAGAGAGCCAAAUUGGUAAUUGAAAAGCAACAAUCAAGUGACAACUUUGGAGAGAUUCAACAGGAUAUUAAUAAGGUUGUAGAGGUAUUAGACUCUAUUCACGAAAAUCUUGGUAAUCUAAGCUCAAUAGUUUCAAGUAAAGAAUCUCAAUUUUUAAAUAUAAUUAAAGCAAAAGAAGAUGGCUUGGCAGUUCUUCAAGACUCUGUACAAAAUCAUGCCGCAAUAGUAGGCACUCUUAAACAUUUAGCAAAAAAUCAAACUCAAUUAGAAUCAAUUCUUGGCGAAAAUAGCCCAGAAGAAAUUAAUGAAGCUGUUUCUAAACUUUCUGAACUUUUACCAUUACAAAUUCAAGCCGCCAAACUUUACUUAAAAGAUCCAAACAAUCCAGAAACCAAAUCACAAUUCCAAGAGAUUGGUGACCGUAUGAAAUUACCAUUAUCAAAGAUUGUAAGUCUAAUGGAACCAAAUAAAUAUAAUGACAGUGAUGAAAUUUUAGCUAAACAAGUCAAUGGUUCAGCCAUGAUUAUUGAAGCCGCUAAGCAAGGUGACGCUAAUAGAGUAGAGCAAAUUUUAAAGGAUUUGGAAAUGGCCAAUGCCACAUUAGUAUCAAUUGUUCAAGGUGAAACAAUUCUAGCCGACGACCCAUUACUUGAAAAAAUGAUAAAAACCACAAGCGAUCAAUUAUUACAACAUGUUUCUGAACGUAGAGGACUCAGUACCAAGUUAUUAAAAGAUCCACAUAAUAAAGACACUCAAAAUCAACUUAUUCAAUGUAAUCAAAAAAUUGCUAAUCUUUCAAAAUCACUCACAGAUUCAAUGAAAUCGCUUGAAGCUAUACCACUAUUAAAGAUUCAAUUAUUAGAAGCUGCUAAACAAGGAAACCCAACCAAGGCACAAUCCAUCCUCAAAGAUAUCAACAAUAGGGUCAAUGCUAUCAUUUACAAUGGUAACAACUUGAACGAUAACCUUUUGAAUAAUGAAAAUAAGGAAGAAAAGGAAUUACUCUUUAAAGAAAUUAAAGAAUUGGAAAAUUAUUUAAAUCAAUUAAAUAAAGAAGUUAACAAUGGAAUCAAAUCAAAUCAACUCCAAAAUAUUGGCAAUAAUUUAGACUACACUACAGACAAUAUAAUAAACAAAUUAAAUGAAGCUGCAUUGCUAUCAUCAAAUAAUGACGGAGUAGAUGAUGAAUUAUUUAGAAAAGAAUUUGAAAUUAUUCAAGAAAACAAAGAGAAUGAAAGAAAAUUAGAGCAACAACAAGAAGAAGAAUUUAAAAAAUUAGAAAAGCUUUCAAAUGAUCAAAAGCUAUUGUCACUAUUCAAUGACUUGAUUCAGCACAUCAAAAAAAGUGAAGCCAACAAAUCAAUGCUUACAUUAAAACAAUUAAUUUCUGAACAAGAUAAACUUAUUCAACUUGCAAAUGAACUAUCAUUAAAGAGUAAAAGCCAAUCAUUUAAGGACCAAGUCGCCAAAUCUAUCCAGCUAUUUAAAAACUCUGUUGCAUUAGCAAUUAGUUUAGCAGGUAAAGCCAAUUUACCAGAGAAUGAAAUAUCACUUAGUAAAGCUACCAAAACUGUAAAGAAAUCAAUUAUCGAAUUAACUCAUUUAUUGGUAUUAAAUCCAAAUAUUGAAUUAUUAGCAUCCUAUCAAUUAUUAAAAGAAAAAAGCAAUCAAAAUGAUUUAUUAAAUCACAUUAGAACAUACUCAAAAGAAGCAUCACUCGAAUUUAAGAAUGUCGAUGCUCCCAUCAAAGGUUUUGAAAAACAUCAAUUAAACUCAAGAUACUACAUUCAAACAGCCUAUGAAGUCGACAAGGACGAUUUAAUUUCACAAGCCAUCGAAAAUAUUGUCUAUCAACAGUCAGAACUACUCUUAAUGGCAACCGAGUAUUUAAAUAGCAUUGACUCCUCCUCAGUAGAUAACAAUGUUAGAAAACUUUUAAUCAACUCUAUCCAAACUGUUAAAAAGAGUAUAAUUGAACAAGUCGAAUCAUCUUUGGUAUUCCUUGAUACAAAAAAUAACAACAAAGAAGAGGCCAUCGAAAAACUUCUUACCGUCAUUGAUACAGUUCGUGACUCUGUUUCAACCCUUGCCAAAUCUGUAUUCACUGCAAAAUCAAAUCAACAACACUCACCCACUUUCUCAUCUGAAACCAUUAAACAAUCUAUUAACUCUGUAUUACCAUCAUUAACAUUAGCCAAAACCAAAUUAAACUCAAAUCCACAAGAUAAUCAAUAUAAAAAUGAUUACGAAAAAAUCCUUAACCAAAUUAUUGAACCAUUGGAAGAUUUAAUUUUAAAUCAAAACUUUAAUGAAAACUUUAAAUUAGAUAAACUAGAAAACAACGAUUCAUCAUCAACAUCAUCUGAUGAUCAAUAUUACAAUAAUUUUAAGAAAUUAAAGAAAUUGGUUAAUGACGAAAAUGUUGAACUUAAUAAAUUAGAAGCAAAUGCAUUAGAAUCAGACUCGAAAGGUGUUGUUGAAUCAUCAAGAGUAUUGGUUAAAUUACAUCAAGAGAUUGUUUCCUUGGCUGAUCAAUUUAUAAAUGAUGAAUCAUUACCACCAAUUGGAGGCAGUGAGGAGAUUAUCAAAGAAUGUUCAAAAGAGCUCACACUUUUAAUUCCAUUGCAGCUAACUACAAUCAAACAAAUGUUACAAUCUACAGACAUUCCAACCGAAGCUGCACUUCAAAAAAAGAUAUCACAUGUUAAUAACCAAAUAAAGAGAAAUCUAAAUCAAAUUGAAAACCAAAUUUCACCAUCAUUACCACACCUCAAAGUACCAUUCUACAGGGAUCAGUUCAAAAAGAUUACCAAAGAAAUUGACAAUAAUGGUCAAGUUCAUCAAGACGAAAAGAAAUUAAGAAACAACUUAAGAAAACUUGAACAUAUUGCAAAUCAAUCAUUAGAGGCAGGUAAUAAUGAAUUGUUAAAAGUAUUUGACAAAGAAAAACAAAGAAGAGUUAGAGAUGCAUGUGAAGAAUUGGAAAAACGUUUAAAUAAGAACCAACCAACUAACUUAACAAAUACCAUUCAACUAUACUCAUUAAAUCCAAAGAAUCCAUCUAAUAGAGCACAAUUUGAAAAAGAAUCUCACUCAUUCCAAAACGCAAUUAAUAAAUUAGCAGAUGAAACCAAUACAAACUCUUUAGAGUUAUUAUCAAACCACUUAGAUUUAAUUCAAAAGAUGGUUACAAACUCUUCAAAAUUGAAUAAUGGUGGUAAUGUAGGUAAAAUUGAUGAAAAGUCAAAAGAAAUUCUUAGCAACUAUUCAAAAUUAAAAGAACAAUUAGCAAAAGAUUUAAUACAUAUUAGCAAUCCAGAAAAGAAAGCAACCAUUAUUUCAUGUUUAAAUGAAAUUGAAACAACUACACCAGAAUUAAUUAGAGCAUCAAGAAAUAAUUGUAAUUCAGAUGAUCAAACAAAGAGAGAACAUUUAGAAACCCUUUUAAAUAAAAUCGAAACCCCAAUUUAUGAAAUUCUUUCGAUACUAGACUCAAUUGAUCCAAUCUACAACUUUGAAACUGCAGUUAAAGAACAUCAAUCAACUUUAAAUCAAUUAAACGAUGCAUUAAAAUCAAACAAUGAACCUAAAGUAAAUCAACUAUUAACCAAGUUACAAAACAUUCAAAAUAAAAUAAAACCAAUUUUAAAACAAGAUAAUAAUAAUAGCAACAAAAAGAAUAUUGACGAAAUUGAAGCACAAAUCAAAUCCAAAAUGUCAGAUGUUUCAACCAUUUCAAAAGACUAUUUAAAGAACUAUAAUAGUAUAACACCAAAUAUUAUUGCAGAACAAGAAAUGGCCUUCUCUGCUUUAAAGAAUGCUAUGAAUGCUAUCUACAGUAAUGAAAUCCCUGAACUUUUAGAAAAGAGAGAAAAAAUUAAUCAAAACUCCCAAUCAAAGUCUAAAACAUUACAGCAAUUAGUUGCCUCAAUUAAAACAAAUAACCUUUUACCAAUUGCUGCAAACCCAAAUAAAAUUGAAAGAUUUGUAUCUGUUCAAACAAACACUCAACAACCAGUACUCCAAAGAGUUACUUCAACCGCAAGUGUAAACUAUAAACCAAGAGCAAUGUCAAUUAGUCAAAAAUUAAUAAAUACAAAUAAUACUGCCAAAGCAAAUAAUACUGCAGCUAUAAAACCCAAUACUACAGUUACCACCAAUAUUCAACAAAAACCACAACAACCACAACAACCACAAGAAAUUAGAAAACCUGUUAAAUUAUCAAAUCCAAUUACCCCCACAAAAUCAAAUACUGGUAAUGGUUCAUCAAAACCAACCACCUCUGCUCCACUACCAAUUAAUAACAAUCCAAUGUCUUUAGAAGAUUCAGUUAUUAAUGCAUCAAACCAAAUUCAAAACUCCAAUAGUGGAUUGGAUAAUCAUAAAGUGACAGAUAUAGCAAAAGAGCUUGAACUCUAUGCCAAUGCAAUCAAAACCAAUCAAAAACAAUUAAUGGUUCUUUGUAGCAGAAAUAUUUCAGUUUUAUUAAAUAAGUAUUCAGAUGAAGUUUCAACAACAGCCAAAUCGAGUACAAAUAAACUUUUACAAUCCCGUAUGAGUCACAGCGUAAAUGUUCUAAAAACUCUUAGUUGUCAAUUCAAAAUUCUUACUGGUGUAAAAGCUGCUUCAUCCUCAGAACAAGAUGCUGAUGCUGAUUCUGAUUCUCAACUCACCUCUCUUGUAAAACUAUUAUCAUCAACACUUUUAGAUUUAAAUACAAGUUUAAUUACAAAUUCAAAAGUUAACAAAAAAUAAUUUUAAUAAAAAUAUAAAAUUAUAAAAUUAUAAAAAUAAAAAAAAAAAGAAAUUAUAAAAGU